ACACAGACAUCGCCGGCGGCCUCCAUGUCGGAUGCAAGACAGUCUCAUUCACCUCUCUCAGAUGUGCGCUCAUCUAAAGCCACUGAUCGCGAGGAGAGAAGCGGAAGCUCCAAUAGUUCUGGCUCGAAGACAACUACCACCACUCCUCACCAGAAGGUCGCAGGCUUCGAAUUCACCAAAAGGAAGCGCUGGGCAGAGCUUUUGAUUAACGAGCUCUCUGAGUGUAUCGUCUUUAUACUCUCUCCAGCUGGCGCAAUCUGGUUCUGUGGAUAUUCCAUCAACGAGUUGCUGGGCUGGAGGGACGAAGAAGUGGUCGAUCGGGACUUUGCCAGUCUCAUGAACGAAGACGACGAUCGUAAUCAAUUCUAUGAACUAUUCGGCGACUCUAUCCGAAACCGAAGCGAAUUGCUAUCUUAUGUUCGCCUUCGCUGUAAACCACCCGAUUAUCCAGCGGUACCGUUCCCACCCAACAUGCAGGGCGCUUAUCCUGGAUAUGGAUCACCAUCAGCUCCCGUCGCUCCCGUUAAGCACAAGGAAAUGCUCUUCGAGAUCAAGGGGUAUCCUCAUUUCCUUUCGGACGAGGACACGGAAGAAUCUGAGCGGACGUCUCAGCAUGCCAGUCUUGAAAAUCUUCACUUCGAUAGUACGCCCCAGCUCGGGGCCGGCAAUCCGUUUCAAGGAGAGCCGUGCAAAUGCUUCUUUGUCACGGCAAAACCGUAUCCCAGCAGAAACAGCGCCAUGUUGAAUACAUUCCUCGAGCUUAAAAUUGAGAAUGAGCGCCUGCAGCAAAAAUUAGCGAAUUUGCGGGCAAGACAAAAUGCGCUCGCAGUCCAAGGUAUCGGUACCGCACCAGUCCCGCAACCCUCCACGUCCAUAUCGGCGUCAUCGACGAGUUCGACCUACGGAACCAAUAACCACGCUCAGGGCGCUCAGUACGAUGCCACUGAACACGGAGGCUCAUAUGGUCCUGCAUGGUCAAACUACACCUCAGGGGAAUAUGGAGAACAAAUGCGAAGUCCGGCUCCACCGGCCCCUGCUGGCGGCUCGCAAUCAUUGGAUCCCUACAGCAAUGUCGGCAUGGCAUACGGAGUCGGAACGAACUCGCCGGGGAUAGUGCAAUCUGAGCGAGACUCUGACGAAGAUCCGCGAGGCGCAGGGGACGACGGCAAGCGAAAAAAGCCCAAGAGAGUUCAUACCCUGUCCGAUCAAUAUGUGUGCGUCACAUGCGGCCGGACCGACUCUCCAGAAUGGCGCAAAGGUCCUCUUGGUCCGAAGACCCUAUGCAAUGCCUGCGGUCUCCGCUGGGCCAAGCAGAUGCGGAAGUUCGAGAAGGAAGGUGGCGACAAGCUGGAUGUCGAUGGGGAGUGA